AUGGGAAGUCUACCAGAGUGCAGGCUUGAGCCAGGAAUGGUGUUCAGGAACACUGGAGUUGACUUUUCUGGGCCUAUGUUAGUUAGGGAAAGACGCAAUGAGAUUAAAUUGUAUGGUUGUUUGUUCACUUGCAUGAGUACUAGAGCGUGCCACCUCAAACUUGUGGAAGAUCUUUCAACAGAUCAUUUCAUUAUGGCAUUGAAGAGAUUCAUUGCGGGACGUGGACGACCGCAGAGCAUUCACAGUGAUAAUGGAACAAACUUUGUUGGUGCAAAUAACGACUUGCGGAAAUGCAUUAAAUUAUUGGAUGAAGAAAGGAUACAAAACUUCUGUGCGCCCAAGGAAAUCGAGUGGAAGUUUCAGCCAUCAAGCGCCCUGCACUUUGGAGGAGCGUGGGAGAGACUAGUACAGUGCACAAAGAAGACACUGAAAGCAAUUCUAGCACACAGGACGGUUUCCAAAGGAGUGCUGAGAACUGCGCUAGUCGAAGCAGAAGGAAUACUAAGUAUGUGUCCAAUGAUGCAGGAGACAUCAAAGCGUUAA